AUGGCGACUCUGGCGGCCAGCUCCGUGUCCGACGACUCUGACUCCGACUCCUCUCAGUCCAGCGAGGCAAGCACAUGGGAUUCUCAAGUGUUAAGCAGUCAUGCUGAAUGUCUGGAGCUGGAGGAGUUAACUGCAAUAUCAGUCAAUCCCUGUCUGCUUCCAGCUCUCAAUCAGUUGCUUCUCGAGGCGUAUGCCAUUCUGCGUCCCAAGCCACUUGACUAUGACCAGCGCAACGCCUUGGUUGAUGUCUUCAGGGAGAUGGUGAAUCGAAGAUUUGGUAGCAACAGUGGGUCUCCGGUUGUGGAACCAUUUGGAUCAUUCACGAUGGAUUUAUUUACUCCUCAUAGUGACCUGGACCUCUCUAUCAAUUUCAGUGCUAAUACUGAUGAGCGAUAUACUCGCAAGCAAAUGAUCUCUAUUAUCAGGAAAUUUUCCAAGGUUCUAUAUUCUCAUCAGAGGAGUGGAAUUUUCUGUGGGGUUUUACCUAUUGUAAGUGCUAGGGUGCCUAUACUGAAGGCUAUUGAUUGUGGCACAGGGAUCGAAUGUGAUAUUUCGGUUGAAAAUAAAGAUGGCAUGACAAGGUCAAUGAUCAUCAAAUUUGUUUCCUCACUUGAUGAAAGGUUUCAGAUACUAAGUUACUUGGUUAAGUUCUGGGCUAAGGUUGAAGAUUUCUUGGACCGAUCGCAAAAUUUUGCAAGGUCAGUGGGAAAGGUGCAGAUGCAGAAGAUUUGCAAAUGCCUUAGAGAAUGUGCUUUGAACUUGUUAGAUUUCAUGAGAGGGAAAAUGGACAUAAUGAAGCUGAGGACCCUUUUAUUUGGGUGGCUUAGCCCAGAUGAAUUAGGCAGCAAACCUCGUUUGGAGCAUGUCAAGAGAAAAAGGAAGUGGGGACUGACCCCACAGGGAAGAUGUGUGUUCCAGAAGAGUGCACAGCAUGGUGGUAGUGCUACUAGCAGUGAUUCGUUACCCACUGCUAACAAGGUCUUGCCUCACGCGCUCCAUUAUCGAGUGGCCGGCCAACAGUCUAGCACUCAUCAGUUUGUGCCCAUUAUUCGGUGGCCUCGAAUCAUUCCUUCUGGUUUUGGCUAUGGAUUAUCGCUUGGGAUUCCAUCAGUUGCUCCUCACCUUGGCAAGGGAAUACUGGGCAAGCCACCGAGUAAUAUAACUCCCUUAAAUCAAUGGAGCUCAACUCAACUAGUGCACAUACAGCAAAAAGGUCCGCUUCUGCAGACUCCACACCAGCAUACAUGUCAGCAGUCAUGUAGCGGAGCUUAUGGAGCCGAGCAGCUCCGGCACAAUGAUAACGUCCGGUGA